AAGAUCAUCUUGACGGGAACAACUUGCUUUUGUCACAUAAUUCUUACAUUCCAUCACUUACUGCAUUGUCAUACGGCAUUUCUUAUAUGAAGUCCUUCCUAUUGCUGCUGGCUGUUGUGCUCGUCGCCGUUCAUGCAAAAAUGCAGAACGUUACGGUAAAGGGUACUACUAUUUGUAAUAAGAAGCGAAUGGCUGACGUUUUGGUGGAACUGUGGGAGAGAGAUACCCUCGACCCCAACGACCUUCUUGAUUCAAAGAUGACAGCCAAAGAAGGCGAAUUUCUUGUAAAAGGAGGACAAGAUGAAGUUGGCUCUAUUGAGCCAUUCCUUAGAAUUACGCACACUUGCAAUGUGAAACCGGGCUGCAAACGAAUCACAGAGUAUGACAUCCCAAAAUCGAAAAUCGACACCGUCUAUGAUAUGACGUAUGUGACGCUCGAUAUCAUCUCUGCUGUAGACAAGGAACAAUGCUAAAGCGCAACGAUGUUCGUGCAGCAAACUCUUGUAUAAACAUUUUGUAAUAUCGAUCUGUAAUGAUAAUGUCUGCUUGAAUAAUAAAAGAUUUCUUAUAUUUGUUC